AUGUACAUAAACACGCUUCCUAUUCGUAUUCGUAAUGGACAUAAGUUUCCAAUUCCAUUGGAAAAUGAAAGUUACUAUCACCGUCAUCAACCGGUUGAAUUCUCAAUUAAAUUAAAGAAUCCAUCCUUGAUGCAUUCAGCCCCUGGAAUGAUCUUUCUUACCGAUCAACGAUUCAUAUUUAUUGCUUAUGAACCAAGUUCGGAUGGAUUUGAAAGUUUUUACAUCCUAUUAUCAGAUAUUUCAUCUUCAGUAACGUCAAAAAGUAUUUUCAAUAAUUUCUUUAAUCACAAUACACUUUCUUUGGAUGUUACUUUGAAAGACAAAAAGUCUUUUACAAUGUCUAUUACAUAUGAUUACGAAGAUAUUGAACAAAAAGGAAUUUUUAUGGAUUAUUAUGGAAUGAUGCUUUCUUGGGCGACUAAUAACAAAUCUGGAAAAUUGAUUGGAAGGCCACUAAGCAUUAAUACUUUAAAUAAUUUCAUGUCAGACGAAGAUCGUCCUGAUUCAGCUUACUUUAGUAGUUGGAGUACGAAUCCAGCAUUACAUGGGGGAGAAAAACCUCCUGCAUACUCUUAA